GUUUUAUUGAACAUUUUAGCCGGCAACUCGUCGGAAACCGUUUCUUAUUGUCGGCAAUACAAUUACCGGUUGUUAUCGUGGUAAUCUGUAGAUGUUACUCGUAUGGAUUAAAACAUUGGUGUUUUAUGUGAACGCGUUGCACAUGAUUUUGGACUGAGGUACGACCUUGCCCUUCCCCACAGUCCAUCGUCGUGACGUACACGUUUAGGUAGCCGGUGAAGAAAAUGCUUAAUAAACGUUUAUGGGUGGUGUAUGUGCUGUGUCAAUUUACUUUUGGUGUUAUCACGUGCAGGUCUGUUAUAUUUUAGCCGUCCGCUAUUGUUGAUGUGGUCGCCACUAGUCGCUGAAAACGAAAUCGACCACUAACCAUAGAAAUAGUGUGUAUUGCUCGGAUUUUGUUAUUUUAGUUCUCCUCGUUUUAUGAAAAAUAAUAAUAAUAUUAUGUACACUCCUUCGGUUACGUUUGACGACUACUUUCGAGGGGAACAGAGUAAAUAUCCACAAUUGAAACGACAAGAUGUACAGAAGUUAAGAGACGCCUUGGACAAGGAAAAACAACUACCGGCCAUUUCAGAUAAAAAACUUGUGGCAUUCCUCCACAGCUGUUAUUUUGACGUAGAAUUGGCGAGGCUUACUGCAAUACAAUGUUAUAAAAGCUACUUUGAAGUUUCCAAAGUAUUCUGCGAACUAGAUCCAUCUGCAGAAGACAUGUUAAAGAACUACGAUUGCACAAGUUUCGGUGAAUUGACAUACGACGUGUGCAGCAAAGACGACCGUUAUGUGUACUGGCAGUUCAAAGACACUGAUCCCGAAAAAUUUAACUACAUGGCUAUUUUUAAGAUAGUCAUCUUUUGGAUGGAGUAUACACUGUUGACCAAAGGGACUUUCGACGGUCUAACCAUAGUGAUAAAUACCAGCGGACUAAACUGGCGACACAUCAUUAAACUUCCUGUGGGCAUAGCCAGUAAACUAUUAACGUUUCUACAGCAAGGUCUACCGAUUCGACUGAAAUCAGUGCAGGUUUUAAACGCAGGACAUGCAGCAAGAAUGCUGUUGAAGCUGGUCACGCCGUUCGUUGGAAAAGAUUUAAUGCAAAAAAUAAUAUUCCACGCCCCCGGAUCCGCUGAGGUCUACAAUUAUAUACCUAAAGAAAUACUACCUUCAGAGGAGGCAGGCUUAGGAAAAUCACACAACUUCUACAACCAAGAGUUGUACAAAAAUAUCACAUCCUGCCGAGACUGGUUUCUGGAACAAAACCGUGAUUUGAAAAAACAAAUGAUUAUCAACGGUGAAAAUGUUUAAGACAUUGUCAGCUAUAUAUUGUAAUGAUAUUAUAAUCUUAUUAAUAAGAUAUUGGUCGGUCGCACAAAUGAUUGCACCAUAAACUGUGAUAGUUAUUUAGUUUUUUUUACUUAACGUCUUAUUGGUAAAUGGAACGAUUUCAUUUUUGUUAUGUAAGCGCAACACUACGAUUUAUUUAAUACAAUAUUUUUUUUCAAAAGAAAA